AUGUUGGAGAAAAGCAUACGUGUCGAUUGGUAUAAGAGUUUAUACUUGGAUCAAAAGGUACUCGAAAAUGCGAAUUUCAGAUUUCUUUCUUUUCAACUUUUCGCAUCUAUCCUAAUGGCCAAACGAACAAAGAAGGUUGGAGUUGUCGGUAAAUAUGGUACCCGUUAUGGUGCCUCAUUGAGGAAACAAAUCAAAAAAAUGGAAAUCACACAACAUGCAAAAUAUACCUGUAAUUUUUGUGGCAAGGAUACUGUUAAGAGAAAAGCCGUAGGUAUCUGGCAUUGUCGUGCAUGUAAAAAAGUAUUAGCAGGUGGUGCAUGGACCGUUUCAACCACCACAGCCGCUACAGUUCGUUCAACUGUUCGUCGUCUUCGAGAAAUAAUGGAAUCUUAA